UUACAUUUUGUUUUUGUUAUUUCUCUGUAAAUUUCAUGAAUUUGAUUGCAGUGUUUGACUGUUAGUAAUCAACGAGAUUUAUUGCUUCAAUUCUUCAAGUAUAAAUUAAAAUAAUUUAUCCACUCUUUAUCAGACCCUCAUCCCUUCCCAUUAUAAUACGCAAUUAAUUAAUGGGUUCUAUUCUCUCCCAUGGAUUUCACUUGAAAGACUCCAACUUUUCCUUUCCUAAUCAUUUAUUUAUUUAUUUUAACAUUUGGUUGUUAAUAUUCAUCUUGCAAAUGUUCUUGUUGUUUACCCUUAAUUGCAAUCCUGUCUCUUUCACUCCACACCCAUUUUUAAUAUUUUACUUUUGGAAUCUUUGUUCGAACUCGUAAUCUGUCUGGGUCUAAUCGUGCACGCUAACUCGGUUGGUGCCCCUUAUCCGUUGUUGCAGGCUUCUGGGUGACUUUUGAUCUUGUUCUAGUGAGGUGUUUAGAGCUGAAUUUGUUAAUUAAUGGCGGAUUUGGUAGGGCCUAGAUUGUACAGCUGUUGUAAUUGCCGAAACCAUGUUUCACUUCAUGAUGAUAUAAUUUCUAAGGCUUUUCAGGGAAGACAUGGCCGAGCUUUUCUGUUCUCCCACGCGAUGAAUGUUGUUGUUGGGACAAAAGAAGACAGACAUCUGUUGACUGGACUGCAUACUGUUGCAGACAUCCAUUGCGGUGAUUGCCGUGAGGUGUUGGGGUGGAAGUAUGAACGAGCUUACGAGGCAUCACAGAAGUACAAGGAAGGGAAGUUCAUAUUUGAGAAGUCAAAAAUUGUGAAGGAGGAUUGGUAGCAGCAAAGCAAUAGCAAAGGGUCCUGCCAUUCAUUCCUAUUGAUGUAAUUAAGUGUACCGAAGGUCCGAAGGCAUCCAUUCCUAUUGAAUGUGGUAUUGUUGUUUGUACAGCAACUUGACAUUUUCCUUAAAAGUUUGUAAUUGUCUCUUGCCAUGUGCUUUGAAUGAACCCAUUGUAGAUGGAAACCAUCAUCAAAUUUAUGUGUUAAUAAAUACAGUUGUGUGAAGAUAUCA